AUGGAAGAACAUUCUGUCGCUACAUCGUCCAUGGAUUACGUCACCAGCUGGCUGCAGCAACAUGUUAUGAUGCUUCAUGAACAGAGAAAUUCUUUGUUUGCCGGGCUAUUCGUCGUCCUGGCACUGUUGUCAUCAAUUUGGCGAGCAAUUGGUUUAUUUGUGUCAAAGAAAUAUGCCGUUACGAUUCUCAAGGACAACCCGGGUUCAGGUGUUCAGAAGACUGCCAUACUUUCUAGGCCGGACAAAGACCUCGGCCCCUGGUGCAUGGGCCAGAUCGAGCCGCUGCGAGACCUGGAUUGGAAGAGGACGAAGCCCGAACGGAUUUACAAAUUCAAUGACACGUACCAUCUGACAAUGGGGUUGAGAAACACCACUAUCAAUACCAUCGUCCACAUGGACCAACAGUAUCUAGAGCGCAUAGCGGAACGAGAGAAGAUCAUCACAAAGUACCCUGGUGCGCUGGACUGCCUGCCAUCCGGACGCCACAUGGUAGACGAGCUCUACACUUAUCUCGUGACUGAAUACCUCCCGAGGCGAUUUCCCACGAUGUUCCGGCUGUCCACAUCAUCGUCAUCAAAAGUGCUACACAACCUGGUCACCGCCAAGGACCUGCCGCUGAACCCGCCUGACGACGUACAACAAACGCUCCAUCUCAUUGCGCUCAACGUCGACGAGGAUUUUCUCAUGCUCCUGCCCGCGCCGGAUGGCGAGGGGUAUUCUCUACAGGCUUUCGUGUGGUGUUAUCCCGUGGGCUUCGACCCGCAGAAUAAAAAAGGCAUGAAGCUCCGGGAAGCCCACGCUCCCGUACCCGCGUAUAAGCAGGUUCUCGAGACGUCGAUGGAUCGGUACUUUGCCCGGCUGCGGCCGGGAAAGGUGGUCGAGCGGGUCAAUUGGGCGGUCGCGACCAACUCGAGUUUGUGCGAGAGAGGCGAAUAUCACUUAUACUCUGAUGACCAGGUAUCCACCACGACCGAGAUCGAUCUCGACGACACCUGGGUGAGGUGUGAACUGCAGACCUUGUUUGCGCUCCCCGGGAGCGGGGGGAGGAUCUUGAGCGUGCACUUGUAUCUUUACCCGAUCAAAGAAAUCAAGGAGGUCGGCUUGGCCGAAGACAUGUGUCGCGCUAUCGACGGCUACGGCAAGGGCAACGCCGGCGGCUUCAGCAGAUAUAAGCGUGUGCCGGUCUGGGGGGAACAGGUCAAAGAGUUCCUAAGAAACUGA